CUGACAGCUUUGCCCCCUCCUCCCAUCAAACCUGCGCAGGUGGAGCAGAUACACGCCCAACUCCAGAUUAUUCAGUUAUCAGGAAGGGCGGUGAAACAAAAUCCCAGGAGCCUCACGACGCGUCGCUACUGUCGAGCUAGACAUGAUCGCGAUUUUCUCGUCCUGCCGAGCUCGGUGCUUUAAGUAUAAGAAGCUCUGAUUUUUAUGUGUCCCGUGAGGAGGGGAGCGUAGCCGUGGAGCAGGAGACGUGCGUCGGAGUGAAAGGGCUUGUGCUAGGCGCACUCCAAAAAUAUGGGUCUCACACUCCGGUGGGUGCCACACGUGGUCUCCCUGCUGUUAUCGCUGUGUUUCUGGCUGUUCGUGUCGGCAGGCGCGCUGGAGAUUUUUGACCAAGACACACCUGAGUUCACCUGCAGCAAGGGUUUGACUGACUGCCAUGUGGAUCAAGCUCCGUUUUCUGAUGACUUCCCUGAUCCAUACAGUAAAGUUGACGUUACACAGUUGCAGCUCGAAAGUGUUCUCUGCUGUUCAAACAAACAGAACUGCAGUCUUUGCCUUCAAGUCACCAUCACUCUACAAGUUGACGAAAUGGGUAUCGUGACGGAUGUUUCUGAGGAGUCGGGUGAUGACGGCGAAAAAGAAGAUUUUGUGAAAGUGCAUUUUAGUGUCCCGGGAACGUUAGACUGUUGGAAGAUACUCUAUUUUAAACAAAGCAACACCACUGUUGACAAGUCGACAUAUAAGCUGCUGUUGAGAGAAAAAGUGCAGUUCGGCAGUCAUGUUAUGGUCAGUGUAGACUCAAAGAGUCAAAAUAUGACACUUCCCUCUUUAAAAAAUGUUUGUGAUGAGGAGCCUAACGGAACUAUAAAGGAAUGUGGUCCCAGACUCUGUGUGAAAGAUCAGGGGAGGAAUGUCAAACUGCAACUUGUAAAAGCUGAUGUCAGACAAGGAGAUGCAAUCACAUGGCAGAUGGUUUGGGAUAAAAUUCCUGCAGAACAGCGUGAAUGGCCCAAAGAGAAGGAUGAGGUGGUCAUACCAUCAGACUUUGUUGCACCAUGCCUGUGCUUCCAGGCAUGGUGGAAGGGAUCAUCAAGAACACAAAUCUGCCCUUUCAAAAACAAUGAAGGUGCACUCGAAAAUAUGCAGCACAGUGUGUCUGCAACUUUGGUGGAGUCUCAGCUGAGGGAUGGUGGCAUAGGGCUGAUCUGGAAUGUAAGUGCGCCGUGUAUACUGGAAGCAGAGGUGUGGCUGUGCAAGAAAGGCCAGGUGGGAGGCCAGUGUGAAGAGGUGAUGGGUUCCAGACAGAGACUACAAGCUAAUUGGGAUGAACGAAGCAACAGAUACUUGCAAACCGGAGAGUUCAAUGUGCCAUCUCACCCUCUGCUAUGUGUUCAGAUGAAGAUUAACGGGACAAAAUCACUCUUAGAGCCCCAGUGUCCGUUUGCCACAUCUCGAUUGCGAUGGAGUGUGGUGCUCAUCAUUGGAUUACUACUCGUGUGUUUAGCAAUACUGGGAGCGUAUUUAAUACAAGGGAUUCUACAAGGCUAUGUUUGGAAGUGGCUGAAAGACGAAGACGUUAAAGGGGCUGUGGGCGGUGUUCAUGUUGUGUUGCUGUACCCACCUGAUGAUAACCCUUGCCUGCCAGAGCUGUUGUGUCAUUUGGGCUCAUCUCUCCAAUCACUGGGCUUUAGUGUGUCUCUAGACCUGUGGAGCCAUGCUGAGCUCAGCAUGCUGGGACCUGUGCCGUGGCUCCACUCACAACUUGAUCAGCUACAAAGGCAAGGGGGCAAAGUGGUGCUAGUCUUAACCCAGGCCUCCUGGACAAAGGCUGAAGAAUGGGGAGCUCAGCGCUCAGAGAGGAAAAGACAUAUGGAAGAAGAGGCAGGAAGAGAUUACCCUGGGUCUUCUCGCUGUGCAGAUGUUUUCAGUGCUUCACUGAGCUGUGUUCUAGCAGACUACUUACAGGGCCGCGCUGGCGAACGGUUUAUGCUGGUGCAAUUUGAAUCCCUCCCACCUGAGCCCCCAGGUAGCUUCCGACCGCUGCCAGAACUUUUCCGAGGCCUGCAUGUCUACAGCCUUCCAUCCCAGAGCCUGGGUUUCCUGACUGAACUGGCUGGAGCUCGUCAAGUAGCUACUGCAUCAGCCAGACGGAAAAGAACCGGGGGGCUCAGGAUGGCAUCACGGGCUCUAGCCCAGAGACUGUCAGCAUUCACAGCAGGGUCAAAUGUAUUACGCCUUGUAGGAGUGCAUCAGAGUUGUGUUGCCGUAGGAGGGGAAGACUCUGGGGAAACUGUGCCAUUGCAGCCCAGUCUUAUCACACCCCCAUCCAGCCCUGACACGGACCUGCAGGGCAGUGAAAUGGAGUGGGCCUGACAAUGCGACAGGACAGCUAUGGUUCAGUUUUGGGAUGAGCAAACAGUAAUGACACAAUCUGAACUGUUGCUCAUCAUUACAAUAAAAUAUCACCACUUCCAAAGAAAAAGGUGACAGCAGAUCCAAAGGUCUGUGAUGACUAUUUUUGAAAAGUAGCAUGGCUCAGGAGGGCUACAAAAUGAGAGUAAAGUGUGGAGAAAAACUCGCUGUGUGCACACACUUCUGUUUCUAUGACACAACUACACACUUGUACUACUACUGCAAGUAAAAGUUUGUGAAGUUCAUGAAAAAAAUCUGCAGUACCUGUCCCAUUUUUGGAGAUUGACAUGCAUGUAUUUUGGCAAUUUUGCAGACUGUUAAGAACAACUGGAAUUUCUGCAUUGAUUAUUCAUAAAAUGUGUUCAUCAUCAUCAACUUAUACAUGCUAUUACAUGUCUUUAUUGAGCACGGUGAGUAAUAACUGGCAGAGCAGACGGGGGAAAAAGUGAGUGAACUCUGUUUCUCUACCUUUGUUUUAACAUUUCCGAUAGCUGCUAAUGAGGAUUUACCCCCCCCCCCCCCCCCCCCAUACCAGUUCUGUAUAACUGCUAUCAAUGCGCUGAAAGUAAUGAAGAAAAAAGAAACCAUAAUGUUGUGUUUCUGACUUUAUAUAUGUAAAUAUAUUUAACCAGUUUGUCUUGGCAUGUUCAUUUUGUUUUAUACUGUUUUCGUUUUUUCUUGUUGUCUUAAAUAAAAAGCUAAUGUUGGUAUGUCUUUGUGGCAUCAAAAGAAUAAGCUUCCUUGCAUUUGCAGAAUAAGCUCGUUGGCAUUUGUUUAACAUGCAUAUCUGUGAAAGCUUUAAGAAUAAAAAAAAACAACACAUUACAACAA